AGCCCGCGCUGCGCCGCCCCCAGUAUAUUUGUCCCCAGGCUCCGGGGCCGCCUCAUUUCCAACCCUCUCAGUACAGUCGCCCUUAACGCUCCGGCCACGCCGCCUCCGCCCGCGCAAUGGCUCUGUAGCCGCGACCCCGUCGUGUGCCCCGCCCCGUCUCCGCGCUCACCGCGCCGUCACUCUCCGCUCACACCGUCUCUUCAGCUGAGGCCGCCGCCGUUCCCUCCUUUCCUUUUCGCAGCCAUGGAGUCCUCCACCUUCGCCUUGGUGCCUGUCUUCACCCAGCUGAACAAUCUUCCACGCUGCCCCCCAAUUGUUGGUGCAGCCUCCAUUGCUGUCGCUGCCCUGCGCCUGUGCCUCAGCCAUGUCACUCCUGGCGACCCUGGGACUGGAGCUGGACAGGGCCCUGCUCCCAGCUAGCGGGCUGGGCUGGCUCGUAGACUAUGGGAAACUCCCCCUGGCCCCUGCCCCCCUGGGCCCCUAUGAGGUCCUUGGGGGUGCCCUGGAGGGCGGGCUUCCAGGGGGGGGAGAGCCCCUGGCAGGUGACGGCUUCUCUGAUUGGAUGACGGAGCGGGUGGACUUCACAGCCCUCCUUCCUCUGGAGGCCCCUUUGCCCCCAGGCACUCUCCCCCCACCUUCUCCGGCCCCCCCUGACCUGGAAGCCAUGGCAUCCCUACUCAAGAAGGAGCUAGAACAAAUGGAAGACUUCUUCCUUGAUGCCCCACUCCUCCCACCUCCCUCCCCACCACCUCCACCUCCCCCACCACCAGCACCCUCUCUGCCCCUGCCCUUGCCCUUGCCCACCUUUGACCUCCCUCAGCCUCCUACCCUGGAUACCCUGGACCUGCUGGCUGUUUACUGCCGAAGUGAGGCUGGGCCAGGGGAUUCAGGCUUGUCAACCCUGCCUGUCCCCCAGCAGCCUCCUCCUCUGGCCCCUCUGCCUUCACCCUCCCGCCCAGCCCCCUAUCCUAGUCCUGCCAGCACCCGAGGGGACCGCAAGCAAAAGAAGAGAGACCAGAAUAAGUCAGCUGCUCUCAGGUACCGCCAGAGGAAGCGGGCAGAGGGCGAGGCCCUGGAGGGCGAGUGCCAGGGGCUGGAGGCACGGAACCGGGAGCUGAGGGAGAGGGCUGAGUCAGUGGAGCGGGAGAUCCAGUACGUGAAGGACCUGCUAAUUGAGGUGUAUAAGGCCCGAAGCCAGAGGACCCGCAGCACCUAGGGUCCAGGUCCAGGCCGGAGGAGGGAGGGCUGUUGUGCCUCUGCUUCCAGCUUCACACUAUCCUCCAUUUCACUUUCCUAUCCCAUCCAUGUCUAGGUUUCCCCUCUGCCUACUCCCAUUAUGGGUUAUUUGGCAUAGUCAGUUUCUGUACCCCUUCAGUGCAACUGAGAAACCAAGGCCCUCAGGGAAUUGGAGGAGCCAGCCUGAUCCCUGGUCUCUGAAGUCUUAAAACAAGUGUGUUUUUGCAGGUAGUCCUAGUUGGGUGUAGGGGGGAGGCUGUCAGGCCUGGCAUGGACGUAAGGCAGGAAGCCACUCUGGGUGAUUGGGCAGAUGAGAACCUAGUCAGGGAGGGAGGGUUUUAAGGAGGGGACUUGGAACAAAAGUGAGAAACCGGCCAAGGAAAGGGAGCCAAGUCCUCAGAAUGGAAGGAUAUACUGUCCUAGGGACAGGCAGGGGUGGCUGUAGUUGGUAACUAUGGGGUCAUUUUAGCUCUGUGAAAGAAUCAGUGUUUUGUGAAGGUGUGGGGGAAGGGUUGCGUCUAGUAGGGGCUGAUCCUCCAGGGGUUAUGGGCACAAAUAAAAUGCAGACUUUCCUGUG